AUUUGGGUCUCGCAGAACGCUCGUGAACAAAUGCCUAUGUGGUGCCCCCCCACGCCACCAGUGGAUGACAGCGAUGUGUACAUCGACCAUGCCAUGUGUUUCCUCUACGAGCCCACCACCAUGUCUGAGGCCCAACUGCCGCCUGUCUAUGUCAAGAAGGACCGAAAACGCUCUCGAGUCGAGUCCACUAGUGAAGGCCGUCACCCAGUCAAGAUACGAAGCCAGCACAGGGAAGAGAUCACGAUGAUGCACGCCCCACGCUCGCUGUUCGACCGACCGUCUCCAGCUCUGGUCAAGAUGAGGCAUGAUCUGCGGCUUCACAAGUACAGGGGUGGUACUGGCACUCGGCCUACUCUCUCCGUGCCUUCCAGCCCCCUCGGACUCACCACUAAGCCGGUACAGCCUGUCAAACCGGUACCAGAACCAGAACAUGUGCCAGAGUGGCUCAUCCACGAGGACUGGGCGAUAUUGCAGGCGGUGCAGUUUGUACAAGAGCUGACACUGAAUCUGGUGGUGGUCUGUCCGGGUCACACACCCAACUGGGAGAUGGUGGCUGACAUGGUCAACAUGGUGUCUCGUAUCUAUCGAUCCCCUCGUCAGUGCAAGAACAGGUACGAAUAUAUCAUUAUACCAAGAGAAGAAGGAAAGGUGGUUAUAGAUGUGAAUUCAAAGAAGCAAAAGAAAACCAAGGGGGUUUACAAACUACCUCAGACUAAAUGUACUCGUCCGAUAAAGACGUCGCAGAUGUUUCUUCAGGACAACAACACCUCAUUUACGCAAGUAAUGAACGCCAAGUUUGACUCAAUACGCGGGAUCUCCAACAAGCGUACGCCCACCAUGAAGCCAGUGCUCAACAACAGGCCUGACAUGAAGAACCCUAAGCAUGCUGAGGUACUGGCAGGCUGCGGCAUCGACUACGACAACCCCAUGAGUCCGGUGGAAGUAGCAACACGCCGUGCUGAUCGUAUUAACAAGGAGAAACAGCUGGCUGCCCAGCAGGCUCAGCAGCAGCAGUUGGCUUUAUUGAGGAACCAGAUUGCAGGGCCAGCUAUCGGCACAGCUUCAGCAGCUGCUAUCGGCAAGACCAUCAUAGCUGCCAAUAACACCCAGAGUGCAACUGCGGCUAAGCCCUUCGUCCAGACCCCUCUCUCUGUACAGGAGUUAGUGGUGGCGGCAGGAGGCAGUCAGGUGGUGGCUCGUGCCGCGACUCCUGGACCCUCAGCGUCACCACAGCGUAUCGCCACCACCACUGUCGUCACAACCAUCGCUCAGGCCCCUGCCACUAUGACUACCAAAGUGAUGGCCACCAAUAAGCUGACUGCGACGCAGAUCCAGCUGUAUCAGCAGCAGCAGCGCCAGGCUCUGCUGAGGCAGCAGCAGCUGAAAGCUGCGACACUUGGACGAGCAACGGUCGCGGGCCAGAAGGUGUCAGUGGCUGUCACCGCCCCCACGCAGGCCAGGAUACAUCAGGUGAAGCAGGCAGGAGUGACGCGAGUGUCCGAGGCAGAGAUGGCGGCACUGAUGAAGCGUCAGGGUGCGAGUGUGGCGGGCGUGGCAGUGGCGAGCAAGACUGGUGGACUGACCCCUGCUCAGAUACUAGCCCAGGCGGGGCUGCAAGCACAGGGGCCUGGGCAAGUGGCUGCCUUGGUGAAGACUGCAGGUGGACAACACCUGCCUCUCACGAUUCCCCAGGUUAAGGCCACCUUGGCACCGGGGGUGAAGGCGGCUGCAGCUACCCCGCAGCAGAUCCGACAGCUGACACUGCAGAACCAGCUCUUGGCACAGCAACGCAGCAAGUUGACUGGUCAGAAAGUGGCACAGCUGGGUCAAGUCAUGGUGACGAACAAAGGAGUGCCAGCCCAGCUGAUUGUGCAGUCUCAGAAGUCUGUACCUACCACCAUGACCAUGCAGCAGAUUCAGCAGGUCAUCAAGCAUGUCCAUCCUCAGCACAUUGCUCAU